AUGGGUUCUUAAGAGAGUAAACAGGAAGGAUUAAUAUAGGACUCGCGAUAUGGGAAGGCUACAUUGAUUAGGAAAUAUAAUUAGAUUUGUGCAACGAGGAAAGUAUUCAUUUAGGAUGGAAGUCAACAUGAUGAAUUUGUGAAGAGAGUAAAGAUUGAGCAUCCAAAUUUAGUGAAAAUAUUGGAGAGCGGAAUACAGAAGGAACAGGAAUUGUGUACUACUUAUCACACGAUGUAUAUAAUAAGUGAAUAUUAUUCUACUUCAUUUCAUAAGGAGAUUGCAAACAGAAGAGGUAGAGGAGCAUUUUGGACAGAAUAGGAACUAUGGAACUAAUUGCUAGGACUAGUGGAUUUGUUGAUGAAAAUGCAAGAAGCUCAUUUGGUUCAUUAGAAUAUAAGGCCAUUGACUAUUAGUUACAUUAAUGAAAACACUUUAAAACUGUGUGAUAAUUUAUUUCAAUCUACUGCAUUUCAAAUGGCUUAAUAGAAUCCAGAGAAUUAGAAAAUUUUUGAAUUGUCACCAAAGUUAUUGGAAGCAAUCAAUUAGAACAAUCAAUUCCCUAGGCAUAAUCUAUUUAAGAGUGAUGUGUGGAGUCUGGGAAUGUGCAUAUUAUAGGCCAGUCUGUUGGAUCAUUGUCGAGAUUGUUUUGACUUUGAAAGAGGACAUGUUGAUGUGUCUCGGAAACUGGCUCUAUUGAACAAGAAUUAUUCAAUUAAGUAUGAGUAAGUAAUUGUGGCCAUGCUAUCAGUGGAUGAAGAAUCCAGACCUGAUUUUAAAUAAUUAAUGAACUUCAUGAAAGGUAAUCCAGAUGCAGGAAUCUCCAAAUUCCUGGAGGACUCGGUGAUUCAUAGUUCGCGUAUAUGUUUAGAUACCAAAUCUCCUAUGAGUUUAAAGGAAGACAGUUUACCAGAGCCAUUGAAUCAAUUGAGAGAACAAAUUGAAAGCAAACCCACCAAAAAUAUGGUUGAAUUAGAGGAAUUAAGGAUCAAACCAAAGAUUGUGAUUAAGAAGACUAAAAAGAAGGAUUUGGGAUUUUAUAAUUAUUAGGAACAAAUGGUCAUAAGAGAUCCCAGCAAAUCAGCUAUAUAAUAAUAGAACUUAUAUAGUUACACUUCAGUUGAUUAUUCAUCCAAUAAAAAGUUAGUGAAUUCCUCACAUUAAUUUACUAAUCCUUCCCCAUAAACCUAAUAAUUUAAUGAUAAGGAGAAGAUAGAAUAGUUACUUGGAUAUGGGAUGUAAUCAUAUUCCAUAGAUUCUCUUAUUAUGCCAUCUAUAUCUAUAAAACCCUAGAUAUCCUUAGUGGAAUCUUCCAAGCCUUUUUCCUCUGAAACUAGUAAAACUACAUAACAAUCAAAUCCUCAAGUAAUCACCAUAGAUACUCACCCAUCUUGUAAUAGUACUCCUGUGAGUUAUACUGAAAUACCAAUUAGUUAUGUAGCGAAGAAGGACAUAAAUUAUAGAUAAGAAAUGGAGUAGAUGAUUGAGUUGAAUAGAUCGAGAUGUUUCAAAACUGAACAAUAUUAAGAUGGAUCAUCGUAUGUAGGAGAAAUGUAUAAUUAAUUAAGAGAUGGAUUUGGAAAAUAUCAAUUCGUAGAAGGUGGUUAUUAUGAAGGAUAGUGGAAAUAGAAUAAAAUGCAUGGUUAUGGAACUCUAUUCUAUGGAGUUGGAUAAAAAGCAUAUGAAGGACAAUUUGAAAAUGAUUAAUUCUCCGGGUUUGGCACGUUGUACAAUAAGGAACCAACCAAACUGGAUACUCCAUUUGAUUGCUCUAAUUUUGAUCUUAUUGGGAAUUAUUGGGUCAAGUAUGUUGGCAAUUUUUAGAAUGAGUUGAAGGAUGGUUAAGGAGCAUUAUACUUAUCAAAUGAUGAAUGUUACAAGGGAGAAUUCUAUCAAGAUUAUGUUGAUGGUCAUGGCACUUUUGGUUCAAUUAUUGGAGUUUGGCGUAAAAAUUAAUUGAUUAAAUGA